CUUCCUCUCCCUCUCUCCUUUCCCUUUCCCUCCCCUCCAUCCUGUCUUCUCAUCUUCCCUUCUUCUUUUGUAUUUCUUCCCCUCCAUUCCUUUAGCUGGUACUCGCCUCCAGCUUCUCCUUUCUUUUUUUCCUUUUCUCUUGUACCGUCUUAGCCCAGUAAUCUUGGGAAAAAGACAGUCACAAUGAGUGGACUUCGGUUUCUCGAUCUGAUCAAGCCCUUCACGCCCCUCCUUCCGGAGGUGGCAGCCCCCGAGACCAAGGUGCCCUUCAACCAGAAGUUGAUGUGGACCGGUCUCACCCUGCUCAUCUUCCUUGUCAUGAGUCAAAUGCCGUUGUAUGGUAUUGUCUCCUCUGACACUUCCGAUCCUCUCUACUGGCUUCGUAUGAUGUUGGCCAGUAACCGUGGUACUCUGAUGGAGUUGGGUAUCACCCCUAUCAUCUCCUCCGGCAUGGUCUUCCAGCUCCUCGCUGGUACCCACCUCAUCGAUGUCAACCUUGACCUCAAGACCGACCGCGAGCUCUACCAGACUGCCCAGAAGCUCUUCGCUAUCAUUCUGUCCUUCGGCCAGGCCUGCGUGUACGUUCUCACUGGUCUCUACGGCCAGCCCAGCGAUCUUGGUGCUGGUAUCUGCGUUCUCCUGAUCGUUCAGCUUGUCGUUGCUGGUCUGGUUGUUAUUCUUCUGGAUGAGCUUCUGCAGAAGGGAUACGGUCUUGGAAGCGGUAUCUCUCUGUUCAUUGCCACCAACAUCUGCGAGUCCAUCGUUUGGAAGGCGUUCUCCCCCACGACCAUCAACACUGGCCGUGGCCCCGAGUUCGAGGGUGCUAUCAUCGCUCUCUUCCACCUUUUGUUGACCUGGUCCGACAAGCAGCGUGCUCUGCGCGAGGCUUUCUACCGCCAGAACCUCCCCAACGUCAUGAACCUGCUGGCUACUCUCCUGGUCUUCGCCGCCGUCAUCUACCUCCAGGGCUUCCGUGUUGAGAUCCCCGUCAAGUCCUCCCGCCAGCGUGGAAUGCGUGGAUCCUACCCCGUCCGUCUCUUCUACACCUCCAACAUGCCCAUCAUGCUGCAGUCCGCUCUGUGCUCCAACAUCUUCCUGAUCAGCCAGAUGCUGUACUCCCGCUUCUCUGACAACCUCCUCGUGAGACUUCUCGGUGUCUGGGAGCCCCGUGACGGAACUGCUCAGCUCCACGCCUCCUCCGGUAUCGCCUACUACAUGUCGCCUCCCUUGAACUUCAAGGACGCUCUUCUGGACCCCAUCCACACUGCUGUCUACAUCACCUUCAUGCUCGUUGCCUGUGCUCUCUUCUCCAAGACCUGGAUCGAGGUUUCUGGCUCUGCUCCUCGUGAUGUUGCCAAGCAGCUCAAGGACCAGGGUCUCGUGAUGGCCGGCCACCGUGAGCAGAGCAUGUACAAAGAGCUCAAGCGUGUCAUCCCUACCGCUGCUGCUUUCGGUGGUGCCUGUAUUGGUGCCCUCUCCGUUGCCUCUGACCUUCUCGGUGCUCUUGGCAGCGGUACUGGUAUCCUUCUCGCCGUGACCAUCAUCUACGGAUACUUUGAGAUUGCCGCCCGUGAGGGCGACAUUGGCGCCGGCCUCCGUGGCCUCGUCCCCGGUAACUAAGCAGGGAGGCUUAGGGACAUUUUCUGAUGAACUAUGAGAAGAGGGAUUGUGGGUUUUAUGUUUUUAUAUCUUUUUAUUUUCACCAGGUAGUGCGCGGCUGUGGCUGUGCAAUCUGGAUGGUUUGAAUUCUUGAUGAAUGUAUGGCCAGUCACCUAUUUUUGAGGGCAGAUAUUUCCUUGCUCCCUGCGGGAAAAGUUGAAAAGCCACAGCUGUACAUAGCACUACCUGGUCUGUAACCAUAUUCGAUCAAAGACCUGAAAAUUGCAUUGGAAGGGCAUUGAGCAUCUGGGGUGACUCGGGUGGGAACCGAUUG